GGGGUACAGGUGGAGCUCGGCACCGCACCAGACCUAAUGAAUCCACGGAGCAGUAGGUGUCCAUCGAUAUGUGAAGGUCUCUCUGGGCAGAAGAAGCUGACUGACUAAAGAUGAGUGAUUUGGAGGGAGUGGAGGACAUAUUGUGUCCCCUGUCCAGUCUUUUGUCUAUGAAGAAUGACCAGUACAAAGAAGACUCUCCGGGCCUCAGUAAUGAACCUGGACCCUCAGACACAAAAGAGGGGAAGACGAGUAUUGUCUCUGUGGAGGAGCAGCUGUCCUGGUGUGCUUUGUGUCAGGACAUCCUGAAGGAUCCAGUCUCUGCCAGCUGUGGACACUGGUUCUGCAGACAGUGCGUCAUCUCAUGCAGAAGCGAGUCCGGUUCAUCAGGAGAUCCCUCUUGCUCCCAGUGUGGACAGAGAUCCAGAACAACACCUGGACUGCAGACAGCCAGUCAGACCAGCACUGUACAAACAGAUGGUGGUCUGCAGGAGGUUUUAGAUGAACUUAAGAUCAGUCUGAGGAAGAGAUGUAAAUAUGUGACUGAAGGAACUGAUGAAACAGGAAGCGGGACCCUCCUCAACAGGAUCUACACUGAGGUCUACAUCACAGAGGGACAGAGUGAAGAGGUGAAUACCCAACAUGAGGUGAGGCAGCUUGAGACAGCUUCCAAGCUGGAGAACCUCCGUGAUACUCCAAUCAAGUGUCACGACAUCUUUAAAUCCUUACCUGACCAACAGAGACACAUCAGAGUCGUCCUGACGAAUGGCGUCGCUGGCGUUGGAAAAACCUUCUCUGUGCAAAAGUUUAUUUUGGACUGGGCAGAGGGCUUUGAAAACCAAGAUGUCAGUCUGGUGGUUCUGCUUUCGUUCAGGGAGCUGAACUUGAUCAAAGAUGAGCAGUACAGUCUUCUCAUGCUGCUCCAUGUUUUCCAUCCAACAUUACAGAAGGUCACAGCACAGAAACUCGCUGUCUGGAAAGUUUUGUUCAUCUUUGACGGCCUGGACGAAAGCAGACUUUCACUGGAUUUCAACAACACGAAGGUUGUGUCUGAUGUUACACAGAAGUCGUCAGUCAGCGUGCUGCUGACAAACCUCAUCCAAGGGAAUCUGCUUUCCUCGGCUCUCGUGUGGAUAACUUCUCGACCUGCAGCAGCCAGUCAGAUCCCUCCUACGUGUGUCGACAGGGUAACAGAAGUACGAGGCUUCACAGAUGCCCAGAGGGAGGAGUACUUCAGGAGGAGAUUCAGUGAUGAAGAACUGUCCAGCAGAAUCAUCUCACACAUCAAGACGUCCAGGAGCCUCCACAUCAUGUGCCAAAUCCCAGUCUUCUGCUGGAUCACUGCUACAGUUCUGGAGCACAUGUUGACCACAGAGCAGAGAGGAGAGCUGCCCAGGACCCUGACUGACCUGUAUUCACACUUCCUGCUGGUUCAAACAAAGAGAAAGAAGCAAAAGUAUGAUGAGGGACAUGAAACCAGUCCACAGGAGCUGAUAGAGGCUAACAGGGAAGUUCUUCUAAAGCUGGGGAGGCUCGCGUUUGAACAUCUAGAGAAAGGAAACAUCAUGUUCUACCAAGAAGACCUGGAGCAGUGUGGUCUUGACGUCACAGAGGCUACAGUGUACUCAGGAGUUUGUACAGAGAUCUUCAAAAGAGAGAGUGUGAUCUUCCAGAAAACAGUCUACUGCUUUGUUCAUCUGAGCAUUCAGGAGUUUCUGGCUGCAGUCUACAUGUUCCACUGUUACAUCAACAGUAACACAAAGGUACUGAAGGCUUUUCUGGGAAAAAACUACAAACACAGGGACUCAAACCCAAAGUCUUUUCUCAAGAAGAUUUCUAAGAUUUUAGGGAACAGUGAUAGCUGUGACCCAUCUCUGGAUGUCUUCCUGAGGAGAGUCAUGGAGAAGUCCCUUGACAGUAACAGUGGCGACCUGGACCUGUUUGUUCGCUUCCUACAUGGUCUAACCCUGGAGUCCAACCAGAGACUCUUAGGAGGCCUGCUGGGUCAGAGGGAGAACAGUCCAGAAAUCAUCCAGAGAGCCAUCAACAAUCUGAAGGAGAUGAACAUGCACCAAAUCUCUCCCGACAGAAGCAUCAACAUCUUCCACUGUCUGAUGGAGAUGAACGACCUCUCAGUAUAUCAGGAAAUCCAAGAGUUCCUGAAGUCGGAGAACAGAUCAGAGACGGAACUCUCUGUGAUCCACUGCUCAGCUCUGGCCUACAUGCUGCAGAUGUCAGAGGAGGUUCUGGAUGAGUUGGACCUGCACAAGUACAACACAUCAGUGCAGGGACGACUUAGACUGAUCCCAGCUGUGAGGAACUGCAGAAGGGCUCUAUUUACUUCAUGUGAGCUUUCAGAGACUCAUUGUGAAGUUGUGGCCUCAGCUCUGAAGUCCAACCCCUCCCAUCUGAGGGAGCUGGACUUGAGUGUAAACAAGCUGCAGGAACAAGGAGUGAAGCUGCUGGCUGCUGGACUGGAAAGUCCAAACUGUAGACUGGAGAUUCUGAGAAUGAAUGACUGCAGGUUGACAGAGAUCAGCUGUGCUUCUCUGGCCUUAGCUCUGAAGUCCAACCCUUCCCAUCUGAGAGAGCUGGAGCAGAAUGGAAACAAGGUUCUGGAUUCAGGAAUGGAGCUGCUAUGUGAUUUUCUGCAGAACCCAGUCUGUAGACUGGAGACUCUGAGAUUGAGUUCCUGCAGUUUGUCAGAGGUCAGCUGUGCUUCUCUGGCCUCGGCUCUGCAGUCCAACCCCUCCCAUCUGAGAGAACUGAAGCUCAGUGGAAACAAGCUGCAGGAUUCAGGACUGAAGUUUCUAUGUGGCUUUCUGGAGAAUCCACACUGCAUACUGGAGACUCUGAGGCUGGGCGGCUGCAGUUUGUCAGGGGUCAGCUGUGUUUCUCUGGCCUCAGCUCUGAAGUCCAACCCCUCCCACCUGAGGGAACUGGAUCUGUGGGGAAACGAGCUGGAGGAUUCAGGAGUGGAGCUGCUGUGUGGUUUUCUGGAGAGUCCAGACUGUAUACUGGAGUUUCUGAGAGUGAGUUCCUGCAGUUUGUCAGAGGUCAGCUGUGCUUCUCUGGCCUCAGCUCUGAGGUCCAACCCCUCCCACCUGAGGGAACUGGAGCUGAGUGGAAACAAGCUGCAGGAUUCAGGAGUGAAGCUGCUGUGUGGUUUUCUGGAGAAUCCAGACUGCAGGCUUGACUUUCUGAGAUUGAGGUGCUGCAAUUUGUCAGGGGUCAGCUGUGCUUCUCUGGCCUCAGCUCUGAAGUCCAACCCCUCCUAUCUGAGAGAACUGGAGCUGAAAGACAACAUCCUGCAGGAUUCAGGAGUGAAGCUGCUGUGCAGUUUUCUGGAGAGUCCAGACUGCAGACUGGAGUCUCUGAGAUUGAAUUCCUGUGGUUUGUCAGAAGUCAGCUGUGCUUCUCUGGCAUCAGCUCUGAAAUCCAACCCCUCCCACCUGAGGGAACUGGAUCUGAGUGGAAACUGGGAACUGCAGGAUUCAGGAGUGCAGCUGCUGUGUGGUUUUUUGCAGAGUCCAGCCUGUAGACUGGAGAUUCUGAGACUCAUUUGGUGCAGUUUGUCAGGGAUCAGCUGUGCUUCUCUGGCCUUGGCUCUGAAGUCCAACCCCUCCCAUCUGAGACAAAUUGAUAUGUGGGGAAACAGCCUGCAGGACUCGGAUGUGAAGGAGCUGUCUGAUCUUGUGAAGAGUCCAGACUAUAGACUGCAGUCUCUGAGGGUCAGCAACAAGGAGAUUAAAGCUUUCCGAGACAAAACCUUGAGCGUGCUGCAUGCUGCUGAAAAAGAAGAUUUGUGCUCAGAGGAUCCAUCGUCGUUAAGUAAAGGAGGCUCUGAUGAUAAACUGGACCCAAACACAGCGAACACAAAGCUGGAUGUGUCUGAGGACGACACAAAGUUGAUGAAGCCUCCAUCGAGCUUCACGCCUGAACUGCAAACUGAAUCUGCACGGGUCUCAUACAGGUUCAGGUGUCCUGGUCCAGGUGGGUUCCGGUGUACUUUGACCGGACUGGUGUUUGUUACGGUUCAGGAGGCAGAGCUGCUCUACAGGACUGUCCAAUGGGAUGAGAGACUCCUCCAGUCAGCUGGCAAGAUGGCUGCAGGGCCGCUGUUUGAUAUCCAGUGUCCUGAGAACGCUGUCUGUCAGCUCCACCUCCCACACUGUGAAACAAAGGACGCUCUGCUCUGUGAAGGCCUGCUGUCUGUCGCCCACGUAACUGAUGAUGGAAUGAGCAUUCUCGAACCACUGGAGGUCACAGACACUCAUGUGAUUGUCCAAGUCCCUCAUCUCUCUUCCUUUGGCCUAGUUUGGGCUGUGGAGUUUUUAGGGAGGAUGUGGAACAACAUGAAACCAAUUAGCAGCCAGGUUUUGCUGUUCCUCCGACCACCGAACCCAAAAACACAGAGGCAGAACCUCAAUGUGUUUCUCCUGCCGAGCAACGUCCCUCUGGAAGAGGUUAGCGCAAAACAGCGAAAUUCUACAUACAUCCAGGCGCCUGCCAAAUGCAAACUCAUCAAAGAUCAGAGUUACACUGUUCACUGUCCGAAGGCCUUUAAAAUACAGCCUAAGAAAGAAGAUUUUGACCUGGAUUUUGGACCAAAUUACCACCCGACAUUUGAGAUCCGCCUGCCUUCAAACACAGCAGAGGCGACUGUCACUGUCCGAAACCAAACAAGCACAGAUGUCUGGGAGUGUGAAGUUGACCUGACUGGUCCUGCUCCAGCAGGGAAUCCAAGUGUCCCAGCAGGGAAUCCAAGUGUCCCAGCAGGGAAUACAAGUGUCCCAGCAGGCACUCUGAAUGUCCCAGCGUGGACUGUGAGUAUUCCAGAAGGGACUCCCAGUGUCCCAGCAGAAAAGAAGCUGAUGUCUGUUCGGACACAGUUUAUCAACAGAGUGUCUGAACCUGUUCUACGAAAGCUGCUGGAUACGCUGCUGGAGCGCGGGGUGAUAACGGAUGAGGAGAUGGAGGCAGCUGGAGCACUGAGCAGAGCAGACAAAGCUCGAAUGUUGAUCGACAUGGUGCGAAGAAAAGGAUCGCAAGCCAGUUUAGCUCUGAUCGCAGCUCUCUAUGUGGAGGACUCGUGUCUUUCAAUAGAGCUGGGCCUAAUGUGAAGCAUUGACAGUGUGGAUCAGGGUGAAGCUCUACCUUUCAACUUUUGCUCUGUUGUUUAUAAAUGAUUGGUUAAAAAACUUCAACCUUAAUCUAUCCCGCUUUGACUUAGUGAAGAUUUGUGUAUUGACACAAAUGUGGCUGUACAAUUAUUGAUUAUGUUUGCUAUUGAAGCUUUAAAGCCAAUAAAUUACUUUUUUUUUUGUCUCAAA